AGUAUCGAUGUCGUCGAUACUUUUUGUUGUACUUGUACAUUUUUCGCCAAAAAUAAUAAUAAAAGUGAAAAGUUAAUGUAUUUUUGUUGUACAAAUACAAAGAAAAAUGUUGUUGGAUUGAUUGGCAAUUUCGCCAUUAAAAACGGCCGUAAUAAUACAAGUGCAAUACGUGGAUACGCUGAGAGGGAGAGAAGGGGCCAUUCUUUUGUUGCACUAACCCGCUUAAGCAAGAGUCGAGUAAAGAAAGCGCUUCUCAAAGCCUGCCAGACUGCCUCGCGAUUCGCGAACCGCCUGCCUGCUCAUCCGCUCAUCCGCCUGCUUGCUCUGCCUGCCCUGCUAGCUGUUGAGAGAAAUGUUAAAGUCUAGCCUCAAUACACAGGAACUGCGUCUGCCACGUCCCGAGGAACACCAACACCAACAACACCAACACCUACAGCAGCAGGAGCAACCGACGCAUCAAGUGGCCGCUGUGAUAGCACACAACACAACAAGUAACAAUUCAACAGCUGCAACUGAAAGAACAACAGCAGCAGCACCCGCAACAGCAACAGGAACAGGAACAGCUGCAGCAGCCAGCAGCCUCAACAUGGAUACGCUUAAGACAGCUUUUCUGCCUAAUCUCAGCAUGGAUCAGAACGUGAUCAGUCAUUACUGCCCCAUGUGCCAUCAGCAGUUCGAGAGAGCCCAGCAUGCCGCUGAUCAUAUGCAGCUCUGUCACGGCAUCUCGUUGCAAACGCACGAAACAAUCACAACACUGGAGCAACAGCAGCAGCAACAACAGCAUCAACAGCAGCAGCAACAAUUGAAGUCACUUAGCUAUCCGUGUGCCAACUGUGAUGACAAGUUUGGGAGCGCACUGGAGGUGGAUGAACACCAUCGAUUGACGCACCAGGCAACGGCAUUUUUGGCCCGUUGUAUGGUCUGUAGCAUUUAUGGCGUCAAUUCGAUAACGCAGAAUCCCAACGAAUACAAAUGCACGCAUUGCGGCGCUGUUUGUACGGCAGCGAUGUUGGCUGCUGGCCAGCAAACGUUUAUGGAGCACCAGGAGGCGCCGGUGACACCAGAUGAUCUGCCAGCCAUAGCGCCGCGUGAUAUGAGACUGACGCCCGAAGAGCAGCAACACCAGCAGCAGCAACAGUUGCAGCAGGAGCAACAGUUGCAGCAGCAGCAACAACAGCAACAGGAACAACACCAUCACCAGCAACUCGAGCAGCAGCAGCAACAGGAGCAACAACAACGACAAAGGGAACUGCAAGAGCAGCAGCAUCAAGACGAUCUAAGUAAUCCGGGAACGCAAAAAGUGCCGCCACUGACGGUGAAGCUGCUAAAGAAUGGCAAUGGUGCGACAGUAACACAUCCACAGUUUCCUCUCACGCAGGUGAUCAUCAAGGAGGAGCCGCUCAGUUUGAGCGAUAGCGGCGAUGUGGUCAAUGCGGUGCCUGUCUAUGCCAUCCAAGCGAAUCCAGUGGGACAACAACAGCCAGGCGCAGCAGCGGGUGCGACGAGCAGUGUGCUGGUUAGCACACAAACGGUGCCAGCGGAUUUGGCGCACAAGAUACGACACAAAUGCCCCGAUUGCCCCAAAACGUUCAAGACACCCGGCACGCUGGCCAUGCACCGCAAGAUUCACACGGGCGAAGCAGACGCCACGCCCAAAGAACGCCCCUACACGUGCUCCUACUGCGGCAAGUCCUUCACUCAAUCGAAUACACUAAAACAGCACACUCGCAUUCAUACAGGUGAGAAACCAUUUAGAUGUGGCUAUUGUGGCAGGGCGUUCACUGUUAAGGAUUACCUGAACAAACAUUUAACGACUCACACGGGUGAAAAGCCAUUUCAUUGUGGGUACUGUGAGAAGUCCUUUAGCGUGAAGGACUAUCUCACGAAACACAUACGCACACACACCGGCGAAAAGCCGUACACCUGUCCGUAUUGUGAUAAACGAUUCACGCAACGCAGCGCACUCACCGUGCACACGACAAAGCUGCAUCCGCUCUAGGAUAGGCCCAGUGGGGGGCGCACCAUAGUUGACCCAAAGAAACCAAGCAGCGACCUGGCUUAAUUGAGGAUUGAAGAGGCGGAGGAGGAGGAGCAGCAGAAGCAGCAGCAGCGGGAGCGGUAGCAAAAGCAGCAGAUGGCGGAUGGCGGAUGAUCGAGGAGAAGAAUGGAAAGUAAAUGAAAGACGUUUUCAAAGACGAAACUGUUAAAACAAAACACAACAAAAAAAAAUAUAUAAAAAACUUACAAAAAUUGGGGGCGACCAACAAAAAGAAAUGGCCCAAAAGGAAGAAAGAAGAAGCACGCCCCAAACAAAUCUAAACAAACAAAAAACGCAAGCAAGCAAGCAACCAACGACUGGCAAAUCUUCAAAGUGCUGCUAGACUCUAAAUUAGAAUUUUUGCUAACUAAAGAUAUAUAGUAACAAAUUGUACUACAGCAAUGGCGUACCAUUUAAUUGUUUUUAUUUUUUUUUUUUAAAUAAGUGCAAUCGAUUUUUAUUAUGAUUUGGUUAAAUGUAAAUGUUUUGCAAUUGAAUCAAUGAUUAUUAUUGUCAUUAUUAUGGUUAUUAUUUCAGAUUAUUUUUGCGAUUUUCUAUUUGUAUGUCAUACUUAUUUUGUUAUUCCCUGAGAUUUUAUUGCAUACAUAUAUACAUAUAUUUUAUUUUUAUAUCUUAACGGAUAAUCCCUUUUUUAUAGCGACCUUAAACGCGCACACUCACACACUGCGCCUUCUCACACUCACACUUACACUCACACCCACACACAGACACACAUCUAUAUUAUUUAUACAUAUAAAGAGAAAUAUUUUUUAUUACUGUUGUGGAAAUAUUAUUUCUUAAACUUGUUUCAAGGUAACCAAAAAAACAAAAUCAAAACAAACUCUACGCGCAAAACUUAAAUUAUUUUAUAGAAGUGAAAAGUUGAAGAAAGAGGAAAAAAAAAAAACAAAUUAACAUGAUACGCA